AUGGACAGGUUCCAGCGCAUCAAUGAGCUGCUCAGCGGGGCAGAAGCGCCGGUCCCGGGCGCGCAGCUGGACGCGGGCCCCAAGGAUGGGGGCGCGGCGCACGAAAUGGGCGACGGUGACGCGCGCCGGGGCUCCGGAGGCGCAGACGAAGGGCCCGGAACGCCUUCCGAGCGCUGGAUAGUGCGGCACAAGAUCACAGCCGGAGACACCAUCGCCGGCCUCGCUGUGCGCUACGACUGCUCGGUCAACCACAUCAAGCGGAUAAAUGGGCUCUUCUGCGACCGCUGCCUAGGAAUCAAGUCCUUCCUCUUCAUUCCCACGCCAUCGUGUCCGCCCGAGAUCACGCGCGUCCCCAACCUGCGCGCCCUGCGGCGCGCUCUCGAGCGGCGCGACCCUGCGAGCCCUCUCCUGGCGGACCUGCCCACCGCUGGGACGUCCCGCGGCGCCAGCGCAGGGCUCACGGGCAGCGACGGCCGCACCGCGCCCAUGAGCCCGCACGCCCCGCCCUUCGAGGCGUACAUGGGCAAUGCCGCCGCCGCCGCCGCUGCGAGCGGCAGCGGACACGUCAUGCCGCUGAUUUCCGACGAGCCGACCCUGGUGCGGUCCGGCGGCGGCACGCGGCAGCCGGAGCUCGAGCUCAUCGCGCAGCGGACGGUGGCGGCGCAGACGGAGCGCGAACUGCAGCAGCUGUCGUCGUACCUGCCGGGGGGUUCUUGCAGCGACGGGCUGCGCGCCGUGAUCGGGCAGUGGGCGGGCGUCGGCGCCGCGCCGGGCCCGGGGGGGGGUUCCGGCCAGGAGUUCGACGACCCAUUACUCCCCCCCGCGCCUGUCAGGGUCGGGCAGGGCGGCCCGCAGGCGCCCCCGCGGAUCUGGUCGGGCGGCGGCGCGUCGGAGGCGGGGUUCCGGCGGUCGCGGAGCCAGGCGACGCUGCGCGGGAUGGGAUCGAAGCUGGUGUCGGCUGCUGCGGGGUGGGCGUCGGGCCUCGUGUCGGGGACGGGCGCGCCCGGGGGUGUGCGCGGGGCGCGGCACUCGCGCGGGACGGGGUCGUCUGGGAGCAUCAGGGGCGGCGCGUUCGCGCCGCUUGCGGCUGCUAGGGACAAGGACACAAAGCACGAUUGA